AUGCCUUUUAGUCGGUCUGAUGAGUUGACAAGACACAGAAGAAUACACAAUAACCCGCCAGUUGCCCAAACAAGGAAAAGAAAGAACAAGAAUGAGCAAGAUAUGCCUUUUGGAGUUGCUGUUGGUGCUGGUGGUGCUGGUGGUGCAGUCUACCCUCGUCCUAUUGGUGUUCACCCAGACCAGCAGCUGAUUAUCCUUCCAAAUGGACCAUACGCGACAAUAGCACACGGCUCAACUGCCAUCCCCUUCUCCAUAGACAGAAACGGCAACCAUGUUUACCACCAACCAUUACCUGUAUUCUACAAUACACAAACUGGAACAUAUGUUCAACCAGUAAUCAACACCCAACCUCAACAAAUAAGUCAACCACACCCACACCCACAUCCACACCAACAACAACAACAACAACAACAGAUUCAGAUACAACUGCAGUCAUCAUCCCCACCGCCACCACCAGUAUCAUAUCAGCAGCAGCAACAACAACAGCAACAAAUGCCUAUUCAUCACCAGCAACAAGGACCAGCCGUGUUUUCCAUUCCAUCUUCACCUACCCAAUCACAACAUUCUCACUCAACAACUACUAAUAUAGGGUCCCAAUCGACUAGCAAUCUUCACUUGCACCCCCACACCCAAUCACAACCACAACCAUUGAUGGUGUCGAGAACACUAUCAUCGGACGCAAUCAGGCAAUACAAUAGUCAACAUAAGGGAAGUGUUUCGCCCCCAUUCCCAACUCGUCAACAACCAUUAUUUGCGCAACAUAGUCAUGCAUCUCAACCCCAAUUGCAAACCCACACUCAGCAAUUACACCCACACCCCCACACAUACCAACAUCAACACCCAUCGAUACAGAAGUCGGAAUCUGCUUCAAGCAUUGAAUCUGAAAACCAACGAGUAUUCAGCAACACUAAUUCAGCUGCUCAUUCAUUAGGCACUUCUCCAGACUCCUUUAGCUCUGCAAUGCGUCCACCAGCUUCAUUCAGUAAUUUACAUGAAUAUUUCCAAAAGAAUGGCAACAUUAGUAGUAAUGCAAGACAAUUUAAUGCCAGCUCAACCUCAUUAUCUUCGCUAAAUGGGAAGAUACGUUCUUCAAACUCAUCUACAAACUUGGCAGGCUUCCAAAGAAUGACACCUAUAAAGCCAGCUCUUUCCCACACACUGCUGAGUCGGUCCACCCUUAACAACAAUAAUGGUAAUCAUAACCAUAACCAUAAUCAUAGUCAUAAUCAUAAUCAUAAUAACGGCACGAGCUAUAUAAUUCCAAAACCAAACUCAUCUACAUCGCUCAACCUUGAGUUCUACAAUGCUCAAGAUGCCCACCACGACCACCAUAUCACAAAGAAAUCAAGACCAAAUUCACCAUCUUUACCAGCACAAUCAGCAAUACCUUUGCACCUCACAUCUGCAACUUCUUCUGCCUCAUCAAAAUCAAAAGUGUUUUUGUUAUCCCCCAACGAAACACCUUUGCAAACACCCUCACAAACACCCUCUCAAACACCAAGCCAAUCACCACACUUACAACCUGCCACUUUGAAUCUGCAUAUACAACCAAUGCAACAAAACAAUUGCGUGAAAAAUGAAGAUGAGCACAGAUUAUUGAGUGAGAAGUUGGACAGUAUAGCCAGUCUGGGAACACAAUUGCCACCUAUUAGAUCAGUAUUGAGCUUUCCUUCUUUCAAAAGUAUACCGCAACAUCCUCACAAACAACCAGAAGCUAGAAAUGAGGAACCACUGCAACAAACGAAACAUCUGCUGGUGGAAGAAAGCGACACUAAUAAGCUCACAGCGAGUCAGAGUUCAAUGAAGUUGAGUAAUUUGCUUUCUUAG